GUCUCCCACUCUCUGCACUCCAUCUGGCCAGCAGGCUCUCCUCUCUCCAACCCUAGUGGAGCUGUGGGCAAUCCAGUAGCCCUUCUUCAGGCACCUUCCAAGAGCUGAGAGCAUGAACUAGGGAGAGGAAAGAUACCGCCAGAGGCCCAUCUGUUGAGCAUUUCCUUCUACAAUGCACUGUGUUGUGAAUGGCAGCUGCCAUCUGCCUUCCAAGUUCUCUGUAAACAUUCUGGAAUUCAGAAAGACCACAGACACUCGGGACAAGUCGGACAACCCUGAGGGCAAGGGUUCUGCAGACAUGGCAUGAAGGCCACAGCACUGUUACAUACUUUCAAAGAGUGGGGCAAGGCCUUCUUGACCCUCAUUUCUACCCGUAUCCGGCCAUGUCAACUGCUCCUUACUGGUGCUGGGUUCCAAGCCAGCUUGUGUGGUCAUGUUGCUGGUGGUGUCACGUCAGUACUCCUGACGCAGGCAGAUGUCAACUGCCUGGUCUUGGGUCUGGCUCUUCAUCUUUUUGGGCCCCAAGAGUCUACUUGUGAUGCUCGGUACCCACUCCCAGGGCUGCUGAGAGGAGGAACUGUUAGUCACUUCAUCCAGAAGCUUCCAGCCUGCCGAGCUAGCCACAAAGUACGCAAACUUUUCAGAGGGAGCUUGCAAACCCGGCUACGCUUCAGCCCUGAUGACUGCCAUCUUCCCCAGGUUCUCCAAACCAGCACCCAUGUUCCUAGAUGACUCCUUUCGAAAGUGGGCUAGGAUCCGGGAGUUUGUGCCACCUUUUGGAAUCAAAGGUCAAGACAACCUGAUCAAAGCCAUCUUGUCAGUCACCAAAGAGUACCGCCUGACCCCUGCCUUGGACAGCCUCCACUGCCGCCGCUGCAUCAUUGUAGGCAAUGGAGGGGUCCUUGCCAACAAGUCUCUGGGGUCACGAAUUGACGACUAUGACAUUGUGGUCAGACUGAAUUCAGCACCUGUGAAGGGCUUUGAGAGGGACGUGGGCAGCAAGACCACCCUGCGCAUCACCUAUCCUGAGGGUGCUAUGCAGCGGCCUGAGCAGUAUGAACGAGACUCUCUCUUUGUCCUUGCUGGCUUCAAAUGGCAGGACUUCAAGUGGCUGAAGUACAUCGUCUACAAGGAAAGAGUGCGUGGGUCCUUUCCAUUCAGCGGGACACAUCAUCAGGCGCCCAGCUCAUGUCUUCUUAUGCUGUGUCUACAGAGUGCAUCCGAUGGCUUCUGGAAGUCUGUGGCCACUCGAGUGCCCAAGGAGCCCCCAGAGAUUCGCAUCCUCAAUCCAUACUUCAUCCAGGAGGCCGCCUUCACUCUCAUUGGACUGCCCUUCAACAAUGGCCUCAUGGGCAGGGGGAACAUCCCAACCCUUGGCAGUGUGGCAGUGACCAUGGCAUUACAUGGCUGUGAUGAAGUGGCAGUCGCAGGCUUUGGCUAUGACAUGAACACACCCAAUGCACCCCUACACUACUAUGAAACUGUGCGCAUGGCAGCCAUCAAAGAGUCCUGGACGCACAACAUCCAGCGAGAAAAGGAGUUUCUACGGAAGCUGGUGAAAGCUCGCGUCAUCACUGACCUAAGCAGUGGCAUCUGAAUGGGCCCAACACUGGGCCAUAGAGGCUCACACCAGGAACAAGCAGCUGCCACCCACACAGGAGUCUUCCGACCCAGAGAAGGACAGUGCCAAGGGGCCCGAGGGCCAGUGAGGCCUUGGCAAGGCAACCGAAGCUGUGCCUGUUCCAGGCCAACAUCAAAGACCAGCACUCUGCCUCAAAGCCUGGGUCCGUGAAGCCAGAGGGCUAGGAGGCCACUGGCUGUGACCAGCAGGCCCAGCAUGCAGGAGGUGGGACAUUUGGGAGCAAGAGUGCUGCCAGAAUCAUUUUUCCAAUCAGUGUUUGGUGUAUUAUCAUUUCGUGAAUUUGGGUGUGGGGAGGGGAGGGAUAAUUUAUUUUUAAAUAAGAUGUCACAUUUGGUCCACAUGCUGUGCAGAAAGAGGCCCACUAGAGGGCCCACCAGGCAGUGGUACCAGUGAGAUCCCUGAAGGAUGGAAGUGCCAGACCAUGCUUCAGGGACACAGGGAGGUGGAUAGCAUUUCAUCUAGUCUGCCAUCUCCAGCUCAUGAUACACUUUGGCCUUCCUUUGGGGGGAGAUGGAGUACUCCCUCUCCACCAGCCCCCAGUGUCCCACAGGGGAAACCCAGAGCCAUCCCUUUAAAGCCAACAGGACAGCUCUUGGACAGGAGCAGAGAGAAUUCAGGAGGCAGGGCCCAGCCUGAGGGGAAUGGCUCCUCUCCAUAGCUGUCCCUGAUCCAUGGGAGCAGUGCUCCUUCCUGACAAACUGUCAGGUGGUCUGGGUUUCUUGAUGAGACUGCCGGCUCCAUGGGUCCUACCCAGGACCAGAGGGAAGUGAGGCUCAAGGACCUUACCCAGGCUGCAGCAGCUGUCCCAGGCAGCCCUCAUGGAAGCAAUAAAGCUCUCCCCUGAACCUGG